AUGGAUAACAGCAACCUCGAAUCGAACAAGCAACAUGCUAUGACAAUCGAAGACAAGGGCGCUUAUAAUGACGAGAAAGUCAGCGCCGACCUCAAGGCCGAUGCCAUCGAGGCUGAGAAUGCCGAACACAACAUGACCGUUCUCCAAGCCGUUCGCGCAUACCCUAUGGCAUCUUUCUGGGCUUUCAUCAUGUCCUGCACCAUCGUAUGUCGAUUGUUGGUUGCACUUGUCUCAUUCUCAGCUGACGUAUCUAGANUCAUGGAAUCUUACGAUGUCUUCCUCAUGGGUAACUUCAUGGCUCUUCAAGAAUUCAAGAAACAAUUCGGUAUCAUUGAUCCUAAGACUGGUCUUCCUGUCAUUGCGACCAAAUGGCAAUCCUCCCUCCAAGUUUCUGGCCAGCUCGGUGCCCUGAUCGGUGUCAUGAUCGCCGGUCCUAUCACUAGCCGUAUCGGAUACCGCUGGGCAACGCUCGGUGGCCUUAUGGCUCUGAAUGGCUUCAUCUUCAUCUUCUACUUUGGUAACUCUCUACCAAUCUUCUUCGCCGCUCAGAUCCUCGAGGGUCUCCCCUGGGGCAUCUUUAUCGCCAAUGCCCCCGCUUAUUGCUCCGAAAUCGUGCCUAUCAAGCUCCGUGCACCAUGCACUCAGAUGUUGCAGAUGUUCUGGGCCAUUGGUAGCAUUAUCGUCGGUGCUGCUACAUACCGUUACAACAAAGUCUCCGAUUCUUCGGCUUACAGAGUCCCCAUUGCUCUUCAAUGGUUGUUCCCUACGCCCCUUGCUAUUCUCUUCUGGUUCGCUCCUGAAUCGCCAUGGUGGUUGACUCGCAAAGGUCGUUACGAGGAGGCAGCCAAGUCAGCUGCACGUCUUGGAAGUAAGACAUCUGUCAGCCCCGAAGAGACCGUUUCGAUGAUGCGUCGUGUUAUCGAGAUGGAAGCCUCGGCCAAGAAGCCUUCCCACCUGGAGCUGUUCAAGGGCACCGACCUUUAUCGCACUUGCAUUGUCUCCGGUGUUUACGCUGCACAAAACCUUACUGGUAACCUCAUCGCCAACCAAGCCGUGUACUUCUUCGAACAAGCCGGUAUGAGCUCUAACACCGCAUUCGCCCUCGGGCUCAUUACAUCUGCUCUUCAAAUCGUCGCCGUCAUCUGUUCUUGGUUCCUAAGUUCUUACUUUGGUCGUCGUCCCAUCUACCUCUGGGGCUCGUUUGUUAACACAGUCCUCUUGUUCGCCCUCGGUAUUGCCGCCUCGGUCGGAAAAUCUAAUGCAGCAAACUUGGCUCAGGCAUCGCUUGGUCUUAUCGUCUCGGUAUUGUUCACUCUAGGUGCUGCUCCGAUUUCCUACGCCAUCAUCGGUGAGACGUCAGCUAUUCGCCUCAGACCCCUUACCACAGGUUUCGGUCGUGGUAUCUACUACAUUGUGGAAAUUCCUUGCAUUUUCUUGGCUUCUUACAUGUUGAACCCUACUGGUGGAGAUCUCGGUGGCAAGUGUGGUUACGUCUGGGGUGGUACCGGCGCGUUCUGUUUGGUCACCGCAUACUUCUUCUUGCCUGAGUUUUACGGUCGCUCUUACCGUGAGAUCGACAUCAUGUUCAAGCGCAAGGUCCCUGCACGCCAGUGGUCCAAGUACGAGGUCGACAUCAACGACGACGAGUGA